CGGCUCGCCCCUCUCACGGUUUCUGCUUGGAGAAUAACCUACUUGCUGUUCACGUACCUCUAGCUUACCGAAACCGUAGAUAAAGAUAGUCGUUCCUCUAUGGUUUUAUUGUGUCAGUUUGAGCGUCUGGUAUCAUUGUAGACUCAAGUAUCGUCAUCACUUCUGACGAGGUAUGUUCUGUUCUUCCUUAGUAGGUCACAUCUGCGACUUUUAGGGGUAAAUGACCCCUGGAAUGCAAUGUUACAGUAAGUCUUAUGAUAAUGAGAUAAACCAAAACUAAGAUACGUCAGCGAGUUUCUGAGCUUGAAGACUUCCUCAUCAGUUUCUGUGGAACACUUCUGCUCUAACCAUGACUGAGAACUACAGGACUUUCAGCAAUGGUGUCCCGAUGUCUACAGUGUCUGUUGAAGAGGGUAGGGAUGGCCGGGAGCCCGGGAGGCAAACUGUGGCCAUUCUCGGGAGCGGAGACUACAGCCGGUCGCUGGCGGGUCGGCUGGUGCGGGCGGGCUUCCCUGUGGCUGUAGGCAGCCGUGACCCUGACCGCAACGCCAGGUUUUUCACACAGCAGGGUGCAGCUGUGACAAACCGGCGGGCAGCCCUGUCCGGAGCCGGGCUGGUGUUCGUGGCCAUCCACCGGGAGAACUACCCCGCCCUGCAGGCCGACCGGGACGCUCUGGCCGGCAAGAUUCUCAUCGACGUCAGCAACAACACAGAGAUCCAUGAGGGUGAGUCUAAUGCCGAGUACUUGGCCAGAUCGUUCCCCGACUCGACCGUGGUGAAGGGGUUCAACGUGUUGUCCGCCUGGUCGCUAAGUUCAGGACUAUUUGGAGGCUCGAAAGAGGUUUUUAUUUGUAGCGAUGACAACAACGCUCGCAAGACCGUCAUGCAACUGGCACAGGAUCUCGGAUUUGUCCCGGUGGAUUAUGGGAGUCUUCGGGCGGCGCGUGAAAUCGAGGCUAUCCCUCUCCGGCUCCUGCCAUCAUGGCACCUGGCGCUGAAGAUGUUCUUGGGUGUCUUCAUCAUCUUCUUCCUGUACUGUCUGUACAGAGUAGUCAUCUUUAGAGCCAUUACAGGGACCAACCAAGCAUCUCACAUUCCCGUGAGCGUCAUGAACAUGACUUUUGCCGGGACUGCUAUCACCUUGCUGUGUUUAGUCUACAUUCCCGGCAUUUUCGCUGCGUUCACACAGCUAUACAACGGCACCAAGUACAAGCGUUUCCCCAACUGGCUCGACAAGUGGAUGCUGGCACGCAAGCAGCUCGGACUGUUGUCCCUGUUGGCCUCCAUCGUCCACGCUUUUCUUUCGUUUAUGAUAUGGAGUCCUUCGUACUACGCACGACUGUUUGAGCAAACGGCGACCCCUAGCGGGGACGUGAAGUACGGCAAGCUCCGUUGGAGCGGAGAGACGUUCCUCCUGUUCGGCGCCCUCUCGCUCUUCCUCAUGACCGUCCUCGGCGUCUCCUCCAUCCCUUCCGUCACCAACGCCAUGAACUGGCGCGAGUUUAACCUCGUCCAGUCCAAGCUCGGGUGGGCGGUCCUGAUCUUCGCCAUCGUCCACAACGCUGUUUACGGCGCAGAAGUCUUCACCCUCCCGGGCCUCUUCUCGUCCUACACCAUCGCCGUGUUUCAGCUGACGCUGGUCCUCCCCGCCAUCUUGGUCCUGAUGAAGGUCGUGAUAUCCCUGCCCUGUGUGGGCUCGCGUGUGGACAGGAUCCGCCGCGGCUGGGAGAGGAAUAAACCCCCUAGCCGUGUCGCUGCGCCUGAAGACCCACAGGAAGAGACUAGUCUGAUGUCAUAAGUCACUGAUAGCCAAUAUUCAUAAUAGCAUUGCAUGAAUGUGCCAUAAUCUCAUCCACGAACUUUUAUGAACCGAACAACUAUGUCUGCAUAUAUAUCUAUAUCAGCUAUAUCUAGUGUCAAACAAUGGGCCAUUUUUAUUAUUAUUGACUAACUCUGAAGCAAAAGUGUACACACAGCAUUGUCUCAUCUAUCACUAACAUAAAACAUUGCGCCUGAAGACCCACAGAAAGAGACUAGUUUGAUGUCAUAGGUCACUGGUAGCCAGCGGUAUUCAGAGUAGUAUUGCAAAAAUAAACGUGCCAUAAUCUCAUCUGUAAACUUGUAAACUUUAGACAUUAAAGGUGGCAUAAUGCUACGGCCGUGUGGCACGUUGACACACCCGAUCCCCUCGAUCUCGAGGUUAAGCAACAUGCAGUCCGGACAGUUCUUGGAUAGGAGACCACCCAAGGAUGACUGGAUGCUGUAGUUCCCGUGUUCAAGGAGGUGCAUCCAUCACGUAAAUCAGCCUCAUUACUAAAAAAAAAGAUUUACAAUCUCAUCAAUGAAUUCUACGAACAUAACAACUAUGACUGUGACCUAUGUCUAGUGUCAAUCGAUGGGCCAUUUUUUAAAAUAUUUACUAACUCUGAAGUAAAAGUGUAUACACUG